CAUUUAAAAAAAAGGGGGGGUCACUCACGUGACGCACGGAAGUAGGCCGGGACCGGAAACAAAGACAAAAGAUCACAAGCAAGACACAAGUAUCACUCCGAUGCCAUUUUGUGUGCUAUAUUUUAUCGUUUGGAGAGGCCGCAAGUCAACGUAUUCAGCGAGCUCUCGCGUUUCGCUGCCUAAUAUACGAUCUCGGUGGUGGCUGGGGAGCACGAGCAGCUAGCCGCGAGCAGCUCGCUAGUCGGCGGCGGGUUAUGAAACCUCCAGAAAGUUCCAAUAUGAGCUCCCUGGUGCAGAGGAUCGCCCGGCAGGCCCUGGUCACCUUCCGCCAGCCGCCUCACUCGUUCCCCGAGGAGCACAGCCGGCUGCUGAGCCUGCUCAGCCAGGUGCGUGCCGCCGACCUGCAACUCGCCCCGCCCGGCUCGCCCCCUCCCCGCGGCGCCCCCCCGGUCACCUACAUGCACAUCUGCGAGACGGACCACUUCAGCAUGGGCGUGUUCCUCCUGAAAAGCGGCGCCUGCAUCCCCCUGCACGACCACCCGGGCAUGCACGGCUUGCUCAAGGUGGUGUACGGGAAGCUCCGGGUCAGCUGCUUCGACGGGAUGGACAGACGCCCGAAUCCGGGACCCCCCCGCCGCCCCGGGCCUCAAGUGGGCGCCAUGCGGCGCUCAGUGCUGCGAUCCAGCGCAGAGUACACAGACGACAGCCAGCCGUGCGUGCUGGCGCCCGACCGGGACAACCUGCACCAGAUCGACGCCGCGGACGGGCCCGCCGCCUUCGUGGACAUCCUGGCGCCGCCCUACGACCCGGACGACGGACGGGACUGUCACUACUUCCGAGUCCUGCAGGGGGCCGAUCUCAGGGAGCCCCACGAACGGGAGGUCUGGCUCAUGGAGAUCGCCCAGCCCUUGUCCUUCUGGUGCGGGACGGAACCCUACCCGGGCCCCGAGGUUCAACUCUGAGGUGACCGGCGAGUCCCCCGGACCGGACGGUUCACUCUUGCUAAGUCGAAGGACAUUGUGAUUUUUCUGUGAGCGAUUGCUGUACAUUUUUUUUUUUUUUUUAACUCCCACGGCUGAGUUACAUAUUUGACAUGCAGAGGUGGAAAAAAAUGUCCCAAAAUUUUUUUUACAUCAUCUAAUACAGCCAAGGAACGCCUCGGUUGACCUUUGUCCAACGGGGGAAAACUGUCGAACACGCAAAUGCAAAAUAUAAACACUGUUAGUGUUGAGCGGGUGAGGCCUCAUCGGGUGUAUGGCACGUUUCAAACUGUGUUGCUGUAUCGCUUUAAUAGCGACAUCUGGUGGAUUUAACAAGUCGCUGCAGGUGACUUCAAUAAAGUCUGGAAACGGACUUUUCCAAG